AACCUAAUAGUUAAAUCAUAAAACAAAGCUAUCAUUAAAAUGAUAUUUUAUUCGAAAAAUAUUAUUUUAUUGUAAAUAUAUACGUAUUUUUAUUUAACUAUUGUGUCAAAAUCUCUAAAAUUAUUAUAAUGUUUUCAAUUUGUAAACAAACUCAUCCGGCUACCGGUGUCGAACAUGCUUUAAGUUGUUAUUUCUUCAGUAGAAUCGAAAAAAAUUUAGUUAUAGCCGGUACAAACUAUGUAAAAGUUUUCAGACUUAUACCAGAUUCAGAAAAAGGUCUAAAACUGGACAAAUAUUCAGAUACUAGACCGCCAAAGAUGAAAUUAGAAUGUUUGACACAAUAUACGUUGUAUGGAAAUAUUAUGUCAAUGCAAAGUGUUACUUUAGCACAUUCAUCAAGAGACGCCUUACUGCUCAGUUUCCGAGAUGCAAAAUUGUCUGUGGUUGAAUAUGAUCCCGAAACUCAUGAUCUUAAAACUUUAUCUUUACAUUACUUCGAAGAGGAGGAUAUGAAGGAUGGUUGGACACAUCAUCAUCAUAUUCCAAUGGUUCGAACUGAUCCUGAAAACCGUUGUGCCGUAAUGACUGUAUAUGGCAAGAAAUUGGUUGUGCUACCAUUUAGAAAAGAAAAUACUUUAGAUGAAACUGAUCUUCUAGAAGUGAAACCAUUAGUAACACCAUCUGGUUCUGGCAAAUCUCCAAUUAUGGCUUCUUAUACGAUAGUGUUAAAAGAUUUAGAUGAAAAAAUAGACAAUGUAAUUGAUAUUCAAUUUUUGUAUGGAUACUACGAACCAACAUUACUAAUUUUAUACGAACCAGUUCGUACGUUUGCUGGACGAACAGCUGUACGAAUGGAUACUUGUUGUAUGGUUGCCAUUUCAUUAAAUAUUGCUCAAAAAGUACAUCCAAUUAUAUGGAGUGUUGCUCAUCUACCAUUUGAUUGUGUACGAGCGGUGCCUGUACGUAAACCAUUAGGAGGCACAUUGAUUAUGUCUGUGAAUGCUUUAAUUUAUUUGAAUCAAAGUGUCCCACCGUAUGGUGUUUCAUUGAACAGUAUCGCCGAAACGAGUACCAAUUUUCCUUUAAAACCACAAGAAAACGUAAAAAUCAGUCUAGACUGUUCUCAAGUAACGUUUAUAGAUGAUGAUAAAUUGGUAAUUUCAUUAAAAGGUGGUGAACUAUAUGUUUUAACGCUUUUUGCGGAUAGUAUGCGUUCAAUUCGAAGUUUCCAUUUUGAUAAAGCAGCUGCCAGUGUUUUAACAACUUGCAUAUGUGUUUGUGAAGAAGGCUAUUUAUUUUUGGGGUCACGUCUUGGAAAUUCAUUGCUAUUAAAAUUCAUUGAAAAAGAAAACCAUCAAAUAAUCACAAUUCAUGAAAAAUCAUCUGAAAACAAUUUAUCUAAACGACAAAAAUUGGAUUCAUCAACAAAUGAUUUUAUGCCUAGUGAUGUUACAGAAAUCCGCGAUAUUGAUGAAUUGGAAGUGUAUGGUAAUGAGAAACAAGCGUCAGUUUUUAUAACAAGCUUUGUAUUUGAAGUAUGUGAUAGUUUACUGAAUAUUGGACCUUGUGGUCAAGUUUCUAUGGGUGAACCAGCAUUUCUUAGUGAAGAAUAUUCUGGAAAUAUUGAGCAUGAUGUUGAACUAGUUACAACCAGUGGUUAUGGAAAGAAUGGGGCUAUUUGUAUUUUACAGCGAUCAGUUCGACCACAAAUUGUUACAACCUUUGAAUUACCCGGAUGUGUUGAUAUGUGGACCGUGUUUGGACCAGACGAUGAAAAUUACCAUUCGUUUUUAAUUUUGACACAAGAAGAAUCGACAAUGGUUUUGCAAACUGGACAAGAAAUUAAUGAAGUUGAAAACUCUGGCUUUUGUACACAAAGUCCCACAAUAUUUGCUUGUAAUAUUGGGAAAAACAAGUAUAUUGUUCAAGUGACGACAAUGGGUAUACGAUUAUUGGUGGGUGCUAAACAAUUACAGCAUAUUCCACUAGAUUUGGGGUCACCAAUUGUACAUGCUACAAGUGCUGAUCCUUAUUUAACUUUGCUAACUGAAGACAGUCAAGUAAUUAAUUUUACGCUAAGAGAAACACGUGGAUCAACGAAAUUAGUUGUUGGAAAAACAGCUAUAUCUAGGAUUCCAUUGAUUGCAACAUUAACUUUAUACCGUGACUUAAGUGGCUUAUUUAGCUAUACAGUACCGGAAGAAGUACCCGAACCAAUGGUAGAAACGAAACCAACACCCCUUGAUUUUAAACCAGGUGACAACGAAGAUGACUUACUCUAUGGAGAAUCGACAACUCUAGAAAUGUUGAACACAUUAAAAUCAACAACCCCAUCACAAUCAAAGCGAAAAUCGAAUUGGUGGAAAAAAUAUUUAGUCGAAACAAAACCGACAUACUGGUUGUUUGUAAUUAGAGAAAAUGCAAAUUUAGAAAUAUAUUCAAUACCUGAAUUUCGUCUAUGUUAUUUAAUUCAGAAUGCUACACAAGGGAAUAAAGUGUUAAUUGACAGUUUAGAAUCCGUACCUUCAUUAUUUUCCAAUAUAAAUGUAAAUUAUGGUAACGAUAACACAAAAAUGAAUCAAAUUGCGAAGGAAAUAUUAAUGGUUGCACUUGGAAAUCAUGGAUCGAGACCAUUACUUUUAAUACGUUUAGAAAACGAAUUAUUAUUGUAUCAAGCAUUUCGAUACUCAAAAGGUCAUUUAAAAAUACGUUUUCGAAAAUUACCACAUGGCAUUUUGUAUGCACCAAAUGUUGAAGGGAAAAUUGAUACAGAAAGUGCUGAUUUUUAUGCGUUACAAGAACGCGUUUGUAAAUUACGUUAUUUCUCUAGUAUAGCAGGUUACAAUGGAGUGUUUAUUUGUGGAGCUCGACCAUACUGGAUAUUUUUAACAUCAAGAGGUGAAUUAAGAACGCAUCCUAUGUGGAUUGAUGGCGAUAUUAAUUGUUUUGCACCUUUUAAUAAUGUGAAUUGCCAACAAGGAUUUUUGUACUUUAAUAAAAAGAUGGAAAUGAGAAUUUGUGCUUUAACUCAACAUGUGACUUAUGAUGCUCCAUGGCCAGUUAGAAAAGUUCCUCUAAGACAUUCCGUAUUGCAUCUAGCUUAUCACAAUGAAUCGCAUACAUAUGCUGUGGCUAGUGCUACUGCGGAACCGUCUACUCGUUACUAUCGUUUCAAUGGUGAAGAUAAAGAAUUGACGGAACAAGACAAAGGUGAUCGGUUUCCUUAUCCUCUUCAACAACAAUUUCAAAUAUAUCUAUUUUCUCCCGUUACAUGGCAGCAAAUUCCAAAUACUAGAAUUGAGCUAGAUGAAUGGGAGCAUGUGACAUGUUUAAAAACUGUUUAUCUAGCGUAUGAAGGUACACGAUCUGGGUUAAAAGGUUACAUAGCCGUCGGAACAAAUUAUAAUUAUGGUGAAGACAUUACGUCACGUGGACGAAUACUUAUUUAUGAUAUCAUUGAGGUUGUUCCUGAACCGGGGCAGCCAUUAACAAAGAAUCGUUUUAAAACGAUCUACGCCAAAGAUCAAAAAGGUCCAGUUACAGCAAUUUCUCAAGUUGUUGGUUUUCUAGUCUCUGCCGUUGGCCAAAAGAUUUAUAUAUGGCAAUUAAAGGAUAACGAUUUGAUUGGUGUGGCAUUUAUCGAUACUCAAAUUUACAUUCACCAAAUAAUCAGUAUUAAAAGUUUAAUUUUAGUGGCCGAUGUUUAUAAAUCAAUAUCUUUAUUACGAUUUCAAGAAGAAUAUCGUACUUUAUCGUUAGUUAGCAGAGAUUACAGACCAUGUGAAGUUUUUACCCUUGAAUAUUUAAUUGAUAAUACAAGUAUGGGCUUUUUAAUAUCCGACAGUGAACGCAAUUUAGUUUUAUACAUGUAUCAACCUGAAGCCAGAGAAUCUUGUGGUGGACAAAGAUUAUUAAGAAAAGCAGAUUUUCAUUUAGGACAAUUGGUGAAUUCAUUUUUCCGAAUUAAAUGUAGAAGUACAGGUGGUCCUUACGAACAGAAAUAUUACGCUGGAGCUGAUAGAAAACAUGUUACUAUGUUCGCUACUUUGGAUGGUGGUCUUGGAUACAUUCUUCCAUUGAAUGAGAAAACCUAUCGACGACUUCUGAUGUUACAAAAUGUACUUAUUUUACAAGGCCCACAUACUGCCGGAUUGAAUCCAAAAUCUUUCAGAACAUAUAAAAGCCGCCGAAAAUUAUUAGCUAAUCCGUCACGUGGUGUCAUUGAUGGCGAUCUAAUAUCGACUUUCCUUUUUUUGUCCUUGCCUGAAAAACAAGAAAUUUCAAAGAAGAUUGGAACAAAAGUAGAAGAGAUUAUUGAUGAUCUGAUUGAAAUUGAUCAUAUUACUGCUAACUUCUAA